CAAUCAGCAGUUUUCCAGGUGUCAACUCGUCCACGGUCAAGUGUCUGACUACUGCCACUUGGUUCUGAUCGAGCGCCGUACGUAUAUAACCGACUGGCGCGAUCUAUGCGGGAGAGUUAAUUGAGUCUGCAGCACUUGUUGAGUCUGGAUCACGCAAAUAAUCUCUUCGCUUCAUUUUUUAUCACCUGUAGCACUGAUAUUAUGGCUUCGAUCCGACUCAUCCUUAUUCUUUCGCUUCUUGCGAUCGUCGGGUGGUCACCGGUGUAUGCUGGAGGAAUUCUUGACUCGAUCAAAGAUGUUUUGGGAUUUGGGACAAAAACCGACCAAAUUGUUAUCCCUAGCACUGGCGCCAGCCUGCCUCCGUUCUUCCGGGUGGAAAUGGAGAUCGUCCGACUGAGCAAUCAAGCUGGAAUUCAGGCUAGCGGAAGUUCUUGUGAUAAACUGGAUGCUUGCGACACCUGGGUUUAUUCCUACAUCGACACUGAAAAGCCAACCGCGUCAUUCCCGGGAUCGUUGGCUGUUUCGGCGAUUCCCAAGGUGUUUGAAUCAGUGGAUAACAACAGUCCAAACAUCAAUGCUCUUAUCACCCGCGACAUUUGCAACCCUAAAGACGUUGCGAAUAUCAGAGCAGUUGGACGCGUGCAUGUGAUGGACCACAAUAAAGUUUUGUCGGACAGUCUUAUCAACGACUUUGAUUGCUCUGUUGGAGGAGCGGUUGCCAAUAAUCAGCAAUCUGCAGCAUGGACAGACUCGCAGUGCAUCGCGAAACAUGUGCCAAAAAAGAUGCAAUUGUUUGCCCGCACUCGAAUUUAUCGAAUUCCUCCUGGUGACUGCACUAACGCUCGGCUUUCUGCCACUACCGAAAAGCCGGCCAAAGGUUAACGCGGGGAAGCGAUAGUGGGAAUUUUGAAAUUUGCUCUUUUAAUAUUGUCUUUCUGGUUUAAAUGCAAAUAUUUGUAAUAGAGUUUUUCAAAAAUCAAAACCUAUUCCAGACGUUUAGCCAACGACUCAGCACUAUUUUUGUCACGGCCUUUUUUUGACUUCUACCUCCAGGGUUCUUUCAGUGCGGGGGACGCCGUGUAAUUUGUGGCGCGGUCGAUGUAAUUUCCAACAAAAUUUAUUUUAUAUUUA